CAGCAACAGAUUUUCCCUUUCCACCACUCGCAAAUUCAGACGCUAUCCAGAAAUACAGGAAAAGAAAGGCUCUCGAAAGGACCAGGAGCUCGGGCACAUGGCGAGGCGCACCUGGUGAGAUGUACAAAUCCCUGCUGCACAACGUUUCACUCAAGGCGACAUCACGGAUCAUCAGGCGCAGCGUGAGCAGCCAAGCAAAAGGCGCCAGCGGAAAGCGCAAACAGAAAGCGAAGGAGAUGGAGACGAGCUACGAUCGCAACAGGCGCUGGACGCCAGUUGGGGAUCAGGCUGUGGGGCGAGGCCCACACAAGUUGUCCACCUUCAAGGUUGUCUCGUAUAACAUCCUGGCCCAGGAUCUGCUUCUGGAGCACCUGUUCCUGUACGUGGGCAUUCCGCAUGAGUUCCUCACUUGGCAACGCCGCCAGCAGAACCUUCUCAGGGAGCUGCUCAAACUGGAUCCGGAUAUUCUGUGCCUGCAGGAGAUGCAGUUCGAUCACCUGGCAGUGCUCGUCCAAAGACUUUGCAUGGGCAAUGGCAAGAAGUUGGCUUAUGUGUACAAAAAGAAGACCGGCCAUCGAACGGACGGAUGCGCCAUUGUCUAUGACUGCUCGAAGUUCGAGUUGCUGGACCACCAAGCCGUGGAGCUGCACGACCAGGCGGUGGCCCUGCUAAAUCGCGACAAUGUGGCCUUGUUUGCCAGGUUCCGAUUCAGAAAGCAGCAGGAGCAGCAGAAGGAGUUCGUGGUGGCCACCACACACCUACUGUACAACCAGAAACGGAGCGAUGUCCGUUGCGCCCAGGUGGGAAGAAUUCUGGAGCAGCUGCACUCCUUCUCUACCGACACGCCCAUCGUCCUUACUGGUGACUUCAACAGCCAGCCCGACUCCUCGCCCAUUGAAUUACUCAUUGGCAAAAAUGGGGAUGCGGAAUCCGAAGCUAGCCCAGAACCCCUGCAUUUCCAGAUCAUCGAUUCGGGCGAAGGCACUGCCUCCACAUACCAGAACGACUGGGUCAUCGUGGACUACAUCCUGCGCUCGCUAGGAUCGCGGAGCAGGCACACGCUCUUGCCCCUCAGUGUCUACUCACUGCCCUCAAUCAACAGGUGCAUGGGAACGGGACUGAUUCCUAACCACCACCUGGGCUCAGAUCACUACGCCUUGGGUGCAGUAUUCACCAUUGUCUAGUAUUUAACCCUUCACGCUAUCUUGGACUCAUCAAUAAAGGUACGAAACUAAAA